AGUGUUUAAUAUAGUCGAUGUCUAAUAGUGAAUGUUGGGGGAAUGAAUCAAUCCAGACAGGAUAUAUUUGAGUCAUCUCAUUUAUCAACUUUACCUCAAUGUGCAUUGUUUCUGGGACAGAUCGAAGAAGAACUGGAAAAAUGUAGACUGGAAAAUGAAAACAUAUCAACCUUGCUUCACAAUCUGAAAUUUGAGGAAAGUGAUGGAAAAUUGUUACAAGAUUUAAGAAAUGUUGGAAGCCAAUUGAUGAACAUUGAGCAGAAGCCUCCCGAUUGUGUUUUAAAUAUUUUAGUAAAAUAUUUUAUAAUUGCCAAUUCAAAACAUCCAUUCAAAAGAGCAGUAGUAAGUGUACUUCAAAAGGUGAAAAACCCCUCUGCAAGAAAAAGGAUAAUUUUUUAUAUAUCAAAUGGCUUGAACGAUCUUAUAAACACUGUGAAGGAAGGUGUUUCUGCACAAUCUGGAAGACAUAUCAUUGAUGUUUUGUUAGCUUGUUUGGAGAAUUUUAGUCUGGGGAUAGAAUCUCUGAAGGAUCAAUCAAAAAAUGUUUUGUGUUUCAUUGAAGUGUUUCUUGGUUUUUUGCUUCUGGAAUCCAACAACACAAAUGUAGGAUUGGACAAUCUUCAUUUUGACGUAGCUAUAACAUUGAAAUGUUGUGUAUCCAUCAUCAAAAAAUGUAUUUCUAUGGAUUCUAGUUUGGAAAUGAGCAAUGUUGAAACCUUAUUCUACAUAAAUUAGUA